AUAUCCUCAUUUCUAGCCAGAAUGGGAAUCGGCUCUCAAAGAAGCCAAGUCUGAAGGAGGAGAGCCAGUUUCGGAGACCAGAGUUGAACUCUCGCUUGGCCAUGGAAAUCCACUGGGUGAUCUUUGGCAAGUCAUACUCUCUCAGACACAGAGAAGUCAAUGCCAGUGCUUUUCAGAACAAAUCUUGCCAAGAAAACCCAUGGUGACUUAGGAUUGCUAACUUAUAAUUAUUGUUGUUGAAGCUCCAGAUAUCUGAAUGAAAUGCAAUCAGCUUCUUGGUCUUAUAAACAUUGACGACAAGAUGUCUAAGACUUCAUAGAAGAAAUAAGAUACCCAAAUAAGUUUUAAAAGUAACCUGCUUUAUUUUGGUUUCUACUUAUGUCUUUUCUGUUCCUCAUGAAACAUUAACAUUUUGAAUAUUUUCUGUCAAAAUUCUUAGUGAGUUUUUCCGAGUUCAUUCUCAAUAUUUUUUUCUGUAUCGCUUAAAGUUUAACCUGCUUCAUUUUGCUUUCUACUUAUGUCUUUUCUGUUCCUCAUGAAACAUUAACAUUUUGGUUAUUUUUCUGUUCGUUAAUACAUUAUUUGAUUGACUACAUUUUUCUUUAGAUCAUUUUAGCAGUAUUUCAAGACUAAAAAAAAUUCAAUAUAUUUAAAAAAUAGACACUAAAAUAUAAAAAAAUUAAAUACAUAAUAUCCAAAAUGAAAAAUAACCUUAUAUAAUUUUCUUUUUCUUUUUUAUUAAAAAAAAACAUUAGAAAUGAAACGUCCCUCUUUCUUCCAAAAUGCUUAGUGAGUUUGUCCUAGUCUAAUCUCAAUAGUUUUCCUGUAUAUCAGGUUAUCACUUAAAGUUUAACCUGCUUCUUCCAUCUAAAUGGGUUUUCAUACAUUUGGUAUAAAUUAUGUCUAUCUAUUUAAACAAACUUUUAAAACUUCAAUAGUUAUUUUCCUUUUUUCUUGUGGUAUUUUUUGUUUUUCUUCAAUUUGAAGAGAAAAUUGUCAUACUUGCUUCCCUGGUUCAGUCACAUAUUUAUUGAAACAUUAAAAUUUCUAAGAACAGCAACACUAAAUGACUAUGAUUUGAAUAUUUGAUUAAGGAGAAUUUUUUUCAUCCUCUUCAAGAAAGACUGGAAACAGUCUUUUCUAUGGUGUCAACUCAAUUGGUCUUUUAAUCUAAAAGUCACAUUGAGCCCCAAAUUUGGGGAAAGACAUGGUAAUAAUAAUAAUGUUGUUGUUGAACAUGAUAUCCCUCCUGCAAUGAUUUAUAGUUUUCCAAUAGCUCAAGAAUAGAAAAAUAUGAUGAUGUAAAGUUUGCAGGUAUUUGUUGAUAUGCUUCAGUAGAAAUGUGGAGGAGACUGGCAACAUCUGCUACCCCACAAAGACUUUAUUGUUUCAACCCCUUAAUAAAAUGUAUCCUUUCUUUUAACUUUCUGCCCACCUUGUAUGUUUUAAUAUCAUUUAUAUACAAUAUAUAUGAUUUGUAUCAAAAUAUAACAAGAUGAGCCUCGGAGGUCUUCACCUUUCAGCCACCCCACAGAGAUAUUUCCUGGACAGAAGAGGCUGGGUCGAGCCCCAUGGCUUUCCUUGGCAAGGGAGAUAAUCAAGACCCAUUGUGUGUACAUGGACAAUGAUAGAGACAGUUUCCAUGCCUGAUCUGAUAAAGUCAGCCAAUGUUUGUUCAGCCAAGUCUCCCAAUUGGGCUGAGAGAUUGCUGAGCAUGGAAACAGAAGCCUGAAAUAUGUACAUUUGCAGACUCCUUUAUUUCAGCUCUGAGGCUUGAUUAAAAGAGAUCAAGUGUCCCAAUUGCACUGAGAGAAUAAUGACCAUGGAAACAGAAGCUUGAAAUAAGUACAUUUGCAGACUAUGAAGCUUAAUUAAAAGCGAUCAUCACCUUUUGUUCCUGGGAGCCCUUACCUUAGUUUUCCCAAAGCAUUUCCCCAUCAUCUGGAACUGGAACAUUAAGCCACCCAGAAACUCAUUAACAUUUCCCAAAUAUAGAUCUUCUGGAGCUUUCCCUCCUCCUACAGCUGAUUGGCCCUCCUGAACCAAUCCCCCAUCAUCUCCUUUCUGCCAGAGGGAUUCCCUGCCUGGAGUGCCAGCCAAUCAGGGCACAGAUCCAAACUGGCUCUUCUUUUUUUUUUUGGCCAAUCAGGGAGGGAGCAGUAGGUUUGAAUAGAUGUCAAAUGUAUAAAACCUUGCGUUUUUGUAUUCAUGUUAUGCUGUAUCUUUGAAAGCAUUUGCUUGUGCAUGCAUUCUAUAUGGCCAGAACAAAUAAACCUCUGUGGCUUGUCUUCAGUCUAGUGGGUGACUUCUUUGUCCUCGUCUAUUUCGAUUCAUCUUGAAUACUUGCUGGGCUUGGAUUUCUAGCUCUAAAUCUAACUACAAUAUGAAUAAGAAGAUGAGGCAUGUUCUUCUUCAUAUAGCUGAAAAAAGAGAGAUAUAUAUUUAAGAUCCAUAUGAGAGAAUUCAUUCCAGUGCUGGAGGCUGGAUAUGAAAAUGUAAUUUUUUAUUUCUAUAUUAGAAGGAUUGCUAACUACUACCAUGACAAUAUAUUUACAGUUUCCCCCAUUGUAACACAUACUAACACAAAUCCACACACACGGGGACUAUUGGCUUAAAAAAUAUCUUAAUGCUGAACUAAGCUUUAAAACACAUGGCAAUAUAAAGGGAGGAUUUCUUUUUAACUGUAAAGGGCAGAGAAAGCUUUUGCAACAUACAAGACACUUCUAAUGCAUCAAGUGAACAAAGCAGGAACUGGAUAUUGGUGCUCCUGAUAAUAAUUGUCAUCAUUACACCAUUCCGGUGCCCCGCCCUUGUUGAGAAAUAGAAUUCGAAAGCCUCUCUAUAAUACUUCAUAUUUGAGGUUGUUUGGAAAGUUUCUCUGAAAGAAGAACUGAUUAUUACUGAGAUCCAAUGCGUAGAAGGAAAACAUCUCAACCCUGUAUAUUGGCACAUGGAAGCAAAACUGAUGUAAUUGGGAUACGAUGUCAUGUUAAUAUCUGCAAUGGAACACAACAUGUCUGAGUUUGGCAAUGCUCGUACAAGCCUUAGGUCUGAAAAUUGGAACAGGAUAAGCAACCUGUCAAACCCCCUGUCCACAUGUGGAAAACGUUCGGUCUAUGUAUGAAGAUGGACACCGUUGGAAUUUUUUUUCUAUAUACAGAGUUUUCAUGCAAUUAUAUUGAUUUUAACAUAGGAAACAUCUCAAUUCAUCAUCUUGCCAUAAAUGGAUCUUCAAAUAACAUUUCAAAUAACCUUCUAAUUGUAAAAAUGAUCAACAUUGUUAUUAUUCUAAUCUGCCUUUUGGGACUUCUUGGAAAUGGAAGGGUCAUUUGGCUUCUUGGCUUCAACAAUAAGAGGAAUCCUUUCACAACCUAUAUCAUGAAUCUCUCCAUUGCUGAUUUUGGGGUCCUCACCUGCCUGCUUGGCAUUGCUUCUUUUGUAAUUGCAUUGCAUUGGUACGGUGGAAGCUAUGCUAUCUGUCUCUGCUUUCACAUAGUCCUUGAACUCCUUUUCUUCACUUAUUCUUCCAGCCAGUUUUUGUUGACAAUCAUUAGCAUUGACAGGUGUGUGGCUGUUCUCUUCCCAAUUUGGCAUCGGUGCCACCGACCCCCAUAUUUAUCCACUGUUGUUUGUGCCAUAGUUUGGAUACUCUCCUCUCUGCUCUCUGGAAUUCAUUUCACAUUUUUUGUGCUCAAGAAAUAUGCAAGCACCCUAUUUUUCUACCAGAUCACUCCAAAUAUUCUGCUUUGCGCCCCUCUCAUGAUCAUCUCUACUUUGACUCUGUUCCUCAAAGUCUGCUGUAAACGGAAGCAACACCAGCGAGGAAAGCUUGUUACAGCCAUUUUGCUCACACUCCUGUUUUUCCUCCUCUUUUGUUUUCCACUUAAUGUUUCUUAUGUAAUCAGACUUAGUUUUUAUGGCGAUGACUUGGCUUUCCUUCUGAGAUGGAUUGGUUUUGCCUGUGCUUCUCUGAACAGUAGCAUCAACCCACUGAUCUAUUUCUUAGUCGGGAGGAGGCAAAAGAAGGGUCGGGCCAAAGUCUCCAUGAAGGUUGCACUUGAGAGGGUUUUCAAGGAUGAGCAAGACACUGUGGAAGAAGAAACACCUAUGGAAGAAAGCCAUGUAUAAUUUACAAAAGUGGUAUCCUUUUUUUUGAAAAAAACAUUUUGUAUUCAUGCUUUUGAAAAUUCAUAGACAAGUAUUGAUUUAACUUGCUGUAAAACACAAAAUGGAAAAUAAAAUUAAAUAUUGGUUUUCGAGGAGAAAAUGCACUUUUUUAAAUUUCCCAUUUCAUUAUUUCUAAGUUUGUUCUGAAGGAUAAUUUCAGCAGUUUUCUUCCCGCUACUAGAAAGCCAUGGAAUUUUUCAAAUACUUUUCAGAAUUUGGGACUGCUCAAAAUUUGCAUAUACUUGUAUUUCACAAAAAAGAGCAUUUUCUACAUAGAUAAUAAGAUUUCAAUGCUACUAUUACUAAUAUUACUAGCUUGGGUACCUGGCAAUGCCUGGGUUAUUUGAAAAGGGCCUUGUUCAUUUUUGGAUGUUAGGUAAUAUCAGUUUGGUCAUACGUUACACUAUUUCUUAGAAAAAACUCUGUUUUUCCUGUUGUUUGUUAUGAAUGCUCAUAACAUAAGGGUGUGGGUGAACUACCAUUCCCAAAAGUCUUGGGUCAACCCUCCUAAAGCUCCCCCAGUAUUCACAGUUGGCCAUGUUGGGUCUAUGUGCCAAAUUUGGUCAAGAUCUGUCAUCUGUUGGGUUCAGUAGUCUCUGGAUAAGGGUGAACUACAACUCCCAGAUUCCCAGGGCAAUCACCCCGAAACACCUGCCUGAUUUCAUAGUUGGCCAUAUUGGGUCUGUCUGCUAAGUGUGGUCAAGAUUCCUCAUCUGCUGGAUUCAGAAUUCUGACUACGGGUGAACUAUACGUCUCUGCCAGUAUUCACAGUUGGCCAUAUUAGGUCUGUGUGCCAAGUUUGGUCCAGAUCCAUCACUUUCUGGGUUCAGUGUUCUCUGAAUAUGGGUGAGCUAUAACUCUCUGAUGCCAAGGUCAGUCACCCCAAAUUGGCAGCGUGGGGGCUGUGUGCCAAGUUUGGUCAAGAUCUGUCAUUACUGGGGUUCAGAGGGCUCACAGAAUAUAGGUGAAUUUUAACUCCCAGAGAUAAAGGUCAAUCACCCCCCAAGUCCACCAGUGUUCCCAGAUGGCCAUGUUGAAUUUGUGUGCCAAGUUUGGUCCAGAUCCGUCAUCAGAUGGGUUCAAUGUUCUCUGAAUACAGGUGAACUAUAACUACUGGAUGUCAAGGUCAAUAACCCCAAACAUCACUAGUAUGCAAAUUUGGCCACGUUGGGUCUGUGUGGCAAGCUAUUUCCAGGUCCAUCAUUGGUUCGGUUCAGAGUGCUCUUAGAUUGCAGGUGAACUAUAAAUUCCAGUACUUACAACUCCAAAAUGCCCAGUCCCUACAACUCCUAUACAUCAUGGUGAUGUAAACCAACUAUUUGUGCAAAUUUACACAGAAUAAAUUCCAAGUUACAGUUGUUUCUCUCUGCAGGAACUGAUCUUCCUGUGUAGAAAAUACUGUUUUUGUGCGAAAUAACUGUGUGAGUUUUUCACAGAAUUAGUCCUGAACUAUGAGGAUAGUUUUCCAUCCAGCAUACUUAUUAGGAUCAUUCAACAAUCAAAAUGUGUUCUUUAACCAGUUAUUUAAUAUUUUAAAACAUAUAUAAUAUUCCUAUUUUUAUUACAUUUUCAUUCAAUAUGCAUACAGUGAUUUUCAUUAUUAAUAAAGCAUAUUGCUUAUUUUUCCUUA